UCUUGAUCACCGGCGUCCCCGUCUCAUCUUCGCGGCGUCCCCGCACCUCCCUCCUUUUCGCGCCCUCGCCUCACCAGCGCGCGAGGUCGCUGCGUGCGGCGGCGGCAGCGUGUAUUGCUGCGGGUGCGGAGCUGAGGAGUCCCGUCGGACCCUCGAUCCUGUCUACGAGUGAAGCUUCUUGUAGCUCCUGUUUCAUUAUCAGCCAGGGAGUGUUGUUGAAGAUGGCAAGAAAGAAAAAUCCCUUUGUUUUCCUAGAUGUGGCGAUUGGUGAUGAUCGUGCAGGGAAAAUGGUUUUUGAGCUGUUUGCUGAUGUUGUUCCCAAGACAGCUGAGAACUUUGGAGCAUUGUGCACAGGAGAGAAGGGAGUUGGAAAAACAACUAUAUCACCACUGUAUUAUAGGGGCACAAAAUUUCACAAGAUUAUGAAGGGACUCAUGGCACAGGGCGGCGACUUCUCGAAAAACAAUGGGACUGGUGGAGAGAGUAUAUAUGGUGGAACAUUUGAAGAUGAAAAUUUUGUCUUGAGCCAUGAUGAUCGUGGUCUAUUAUCGAUGGCAAAUACUGGACCGAACACAAACGGUUCGCAAUUCUUCAUUACAUUCAAGCCUGCACCUCUCUUGACAGGAAGAAUACUGUCUUUGGCAAGCUUAUUCUUGGAGAUGAUCGUUAGCAGGAGCCCAUCAAGACGCUCUAAAAGGAGACAAAGCCGAAGACACAGGAGAUCAUCUGGGAGAAGUUCUGUGCAUAGCCCUACAUCACAUCAUCAACCUCGUAGGAGCAGCAGCAGGGGUGCUAGUCCACCUUGCCGUCGCAGGGCAAGAUCACCCUCACCUGAUAAUGGUAGAAGCCUGUCCAGGAGUGGUGGUUCUUCUCAUGGAUCUCCAAAGCGCAUAAGAAAGGGCCGUGGUUUCACUCGGCGUUACUCCUUUGUACAAAGAUACCGAUCACCCACUUCCAGUCGUUUCUCUGUUAGGUCAGACCACUAUGGUGGAAGAAACAAUCGUGACAGGUACGCAACCUAUCAAAGCUCCCAUUAUCACAGACGGUACAUAAGCCCAUCCAUAGGAAGAGCAUCAUCUCGGCGUAGGAGCCGUUGCUGAAGAAUGUCAUGCAUCACUGUUUAUUACUGCAGCAAGGCAAGAGUUUCAGUAUGUGCAGCAUUAGCUCGGUAGCUCAUCUUUCACCUUCUGCCGAGUGAGGGAUCAACACAAUGAUGGGUCCAGAUCACCAUCAUCAAUACAAGGUUGCUUCAUGUCCCCUUUGAAACGACCAGGGAGAGAGAAUGUGAUUAUCGGUUUAGGUGAGGGAACUGUUGGGAUAAUCAAUAUUUGAUGCCAGCUUAAUCAAUGGUCCUUGUGCACGUCUGCACGUUAUCACAA